AUGGGAUUUCAUUGCAUUCCAUGGCUUCGGAGCGGAAAUCUUGCGCCACAUUUCCUGAUGAUGUCGUCCUCAUUAUCACGACUCAACGUUAUAUCGAAAGCUAUUAUAGUCUACAUUUCAGACUUGUAUUCGCCGUUAUUAUCACUAAAGGAUGUCUUAAGGGAACAGAACUUGAAUUAUAAGGUCAAACCAAUACUCCCGACUUCACUCGACCACUAUUUGACUCAAUUGGACAUCAAAUGCAGCAAAAAUAGAGUUGAGACCAAUACUAGUCAACAAUUGGAAGAUAUUGGAGUGGCCAUUCAUAGGAAUGGAGAGACAAAUAGUGGAAAAAAGGUUGAAAUUGUAAGCAAUAAGAAGAAUAAAAAGAAAAACAAGAAAAAAGAGAAGAAAACAAAUAAACCCAAAGUGACAGCAAAUACUUCAUCUAAUAAUAAGAAACUGUCGGGUGAUAUCAACCUUGUUGUAGACGUUGAACCACUCCGGGUGGUGAUCCAUGCGGUCGGCCUUCAGCGCCACUCGAGUCAUGAAACCAAAAGCUUCGUUAAAGUCUUUGAACACGAAUUGCUUUUUGAUGGCAUCCCUUCCCGACUCAUCCAACGACCACUUGUUAUCGUUGAGCAGCGGUUCCAGUUUCGUCCGCCUCUCCUCUUCAGACAGUUUGCUUCGUUUGGCAGACAUUUUUCGGUCAACUUUUGUCGUCAGACGUGCGCUAAACGAAUGAGACACAAACUGUUGCACAGAGUCUAUGGAUAUGAGAGGCUGUCUGUCAAGUGUUGGCUCACUAUAUGUCAGAUGCCUUCCGGCGUUAUUGUCAUAUCAUUUCUAUUGGUCUUCACUUCACACACAAAACACAGACAACAAGACUAA